AUGGACAGCGAUGAAGGGGAGCCAUAUGUGCCACAAUUUGACAUUGAGGAAGAUCCAUACGCUGGGUACCCUCCAGAAGUUAUGUCUGGGAUGAAGAUCAACGACCUUCCGUCGGAAGCCACACUUUGCGCAGCCCUCGCGUUCCGAGAAGAGCCGUCUAUAACCGUUCCUGAGUUCGACGCGAGAAUAGCAACUCUCGAGGCCCGCAUGAAGGAGUUGGAGACUCAGAAGAAAGCAUUGGAAGAGGAGGCGGAACCAUACCGCCGGAAGCUGAAAGCAUGCGACGCCGUUCUGGCACCCAUUCGACGCGUCCCUUUCGACAUAUUGCGCGAAAUAGUGCGUCUUACUCUGCCACGCUGGCCGUCAGCGUCAACGAAACAAGGACCACUGGCUCUCUGUCGAGUCUCUUCUGCUUUCCGGAGAGCUACGCUGUCGCUCCCAGAGCUGUGGACUACGCUGCACAUGGUGCUGGAAGAGGUCCUCUCUUUCCACCGUUACAUAACACGCGUCGAAAAGUGGUUCAAACGUGCACGAGGAAAGCCCUGUUCGCUAUAUACCCACUUCCACUUCCCGCCCCAGCACGUCAAAAUAGCCAAGAACGCAUACGCAAUCUUCCUGAAUGGCGUUCGGUCGUCGGUAGCAUGUAUUCGACAUCUUGGGAUCUCAGCAAAAUUCGUCGCCGACGCUCUCGUAUGUUUCGAAAAGGCAGGGUGGAUGCUCCCGAAUCUGGAGACACUCGAGCUUCGCAGUGGCGAAAUGUCGGACGCUGAAUGGGCAAUGGACGAACGUCCGCCCGAUCCCACUGUCGUCAUUCCAUCGAUGGAGCUCUUCAAGACGGCCAAUAGUCUUCAUUCUGUGACCAUCGAUGGCGACUUUGUGCGAACGCUCGGCGGGCGAGGUCUCCUUCCAUGGGCACAGAUGACAACGAUCAUCUUGACGGAGUGGCUCCGACCCGAUGAUUGGGCCGAAAUCAUGUCUUCGUGCCCGCAGAUGCAAAUUGGACGCUUUCGAAUCGUGGCUAAUUGGAUACCCGAGAGCGGACCCCCAAAACGAACACUUGCGCAUCUCGAAGAGCUCCGACUCUGUAUAAUGUACUCUUCGGCGUCGAUCAUCGACCUGGUGGACGUCUUUCAUCUGCCGAAGCUCCGAAUACUUGACCUCCAGCACGAUAUCGACUACGGCAAUGAGGUGUCUGAACCACUACCAGCGAAGGACGUUCCUGCGUUCAAGACUGUUGAAACACUAUACUUUGCCGACGUAUGGCAAGAAACCACCCCACUCUACGUCCUCGAAAUGCUCACGGAGAUGACCAACCUGCGCGAAGUCGAGCUCACUGACAUCGUUUCGAGCGAGACGUAUGACGCACUAUUCAAGGCCAUGUCAUUCAACCAGCCAAUCCCAAUUCUUCCCAAACUCUCGAGUUUCUCUGUAACUGCCACCAAGAAAGUCACCGACUGGGCAAUGUUCGUCGAGAUGGUCCAUUCAAGGUGCUUCAACAUCGUCCCCGACUUGCAGCCCUUAAAGGAACUCAAGAUCGUCAUCCGCCGCCGCCGAGUACUAUAUUCACGAGAACGCAGGCCCCUUCCCGCCAUUGGAGACCUGAAGGCAGCUCUCCAGGCAUGCGAAGAUACCGGCCUGGCACUGAAGGUGGCAGAUGAUUAUGACAAGACUUGGCUCUGUCAAGGUCAGCCUGGAGUGAAUCUCUUUCAUUCCUGGUCACCGUGGAACGCGAUAUAUCUCAGAGAGUUCGCAGUGGAGUCGGCGUCCUAG